UGAAUAGAAAAAAAUGUCUACUCAAGAAAAAAACAACCCUCACUGCAAACAUCCAAUGGAAAAUAGAAGUGGUGAAAAUGGGGAGACUAAUAGAAGGCUCAACCUGUAUGCCUGUGUCUCUGUGAUGGCUGCCUCCAUUCUCUCUGCUAUUUACGGUUAUGAGGUUGGAGUGAUGACCGGAGCACUCUUGUUCAUAAAGGAAGAUCUGCAAAUCAGUGACCUGCAGCUUCAAUUCCUGGUAGGCAUAUUUCACAUGUGCGGGCUACCAGCAAGCAUGGCGGCCGGAAGAAUCUCCGAUUACAUCGGCCGCCGCUACACCAUCAUCCUAGCCUCCAUCGCCUUCUUAUCAGGCUCAAUUCUAACGGGCUACUCUCCAUCCUAUCUAAUCCUAAUGAUUGGAAACUUCAUCUCCGGAAUCGGUGCCGGUUUCACCCUCAUCGUAGCUCCACUAUACUGCGCUGAAAUCUCACCACCUUCACACAGAGGCUCCCUCACCUCCCUCACAGAAUUCUCCAUCAACAUUGGAAUCUUACUUGGCUACAUGUCAACCUUCUUCUUCGAGAAACUGCGUUUAAAUCUCGGAUGGAGAAUGAUGCUGGCGGUUCCUGCAGCUCCUUCAAUUGCAUUGAUCUUUCUCAUGUUGAAAUUGGGAGAGUCACCAAGAUGGUUAAUCAUGCAAGGACGUGUAGGUGAUGCUAAGAAAGUGCUUUUACUAGUCUUCAACACAAAACAAGAAGCAGAACAGCGUUUGGCAGAAAUAAAAACCGCGGUUGGAAUCGAACCAAACAACACACAAGAAAUUGUCCAAGUUCCUAAGAAAACUCGCCAUGGUGGAGGAGCUCUUAAGGAAUUGUUCUGUAAACCUACACCAUUGGUGCGUAGGAUAAUGGUUGCAGCAGUUGGUCUUCACGUUUUCAUGCACCUUGGUGGAAUUGGAGUAAUUUUAUUAUAUAGUCCAAGAAUCUUUGAAAAAACAGGAAUCACAAGCAAGAGUAAGCUUUUACUAUGCACAAUUGGUAUGGGAGUAAUGAAACUUGUGUUUUCUUUCAUUUCAAUUUUUUUCAUGGAUGGAGUUGGGAGGAGGAUUCUAUUGUUGAUAAGUUCUGGCGGUGUAACUGUGGCGAUCUUAGGAUUGGGGAUUUGCUUGACCAUGGUGGAGAAAGCUGUGGUGAAUUUAUUUUGGGCACCAUGGUUUACCAUUGUUGCUACUUAUAUCUAUGUGGGUUUUAUGUCUAUUGGAAUUGGGCCUGUCACAUGGAUUUAUAGCUCUGAGAUAUUUCCAAUAACGUUGAGAGCGCAGGGACUGGCGGUUUGUGUGGCGGUGAAUAGGAUUGUGAAUAUGGCAAUGCUUACGAGUUUCAUCUCGAUUUAUAAAGCGAUAACGAUGGGUGGGUGUUUGUUUGCACUUGCUGGUGUGAAUGUUUUGGCUUUUUGGUUCUACUUUACCUUGCCAGAAACUAAAGGAAGAUCUUUAGAGGACAUGGAGAUUGUGUUUGGGAAAGUUUCAAAAACUGAGGUGCAAACUAGUGAAGCCUAGUUGCAACUUGCAACAACAUGUAGUUUUAUGGAUAGGCUUACAAGCCAUUUGUAAUUAUGCUUGUAAAAAUAAUAAUUAAUAUAUGUUAUUACAAAAGGGUUGUCUAAAUGAUCCAUGAUAAAGUUUGAGUUAAA